AUGCGGCUGGAGGAGGAGGAGAAGGAUGGGACACUGCUGAUGCUGAUGCGAGAGCUUUCACUGUCUGUGGUCAACAUCGGUGGACUGACUGCCAAACGAUGGAGCGUUUUUGCCUCAUUCAUUACUCUUUCGGUGUCAUUGUGGGUUUCGACGAGGGACGCUGUGACAGAUGUGUUUUCUGAGACGAGAAUAACAGAAGAAUUUGAGGAGGAAAGAUCGGUUUCGUCUCGUCACUCGUCUGGCCUGUCUUGUUACUGACACAGGUGGAUUGCCGAUGGAAAACGGCAUCGAAAUGAAAACAUAAUCUUGGAGUAUCACAGAGGCGUCCAUUUCCGUAGUUACCUCUUAAACCUGGAGCUACCAUCUGUUUCAAUUUGAUCGCGAGAGAUAGAAGCUGGGUUGUUUGGCGUGUUAGCUAGCUAAUAGGCUAAUUUCGUUAGCUAGUCAGUUAGCUUCCCUGGCCAAUGGCACGAAAGACGUGGGAUGCUCGAAGGAGGAGUUAAAGGUAUGGGAAGGUUUGUCAGUCUGUUAUAUUUAGUAAACCGCCGUGUAAUGAGAGGGUUGGCAUUAUAGCUAGAGGACAGUUUAGGUUUGAGUAACGUCAACACUGGCCGCGUCGUUUCCAUCGCUGCACUGGCUCCUCAGCAAAUUAGCUCGCCGUGGAUAACAUUAAGAUAAUCGGCUAAGAGAGAUAAUGUUGACAAACACCGGCGACCUAACGCGUUAAAUUGUAUUUGUUUGAAAUUGGCUCACAAGCAAAGAUGCUGUCGCACGUUUUUGUCAGUUCAGUCCUGAGACUUUUGCCAGCUUUCAGGUCGAAGUGAAGCAUGUUGAGGCUGGAUAUGCUGAAGCUGAAACAUUUGGCAACAAACAGGAGCGGAGCUGCCGCGACAGAAAGUGACAUAGUGAGUCAGAACACAUCAGCAUCAGCAAAGACAGAGAAAUGAAUAUGAAUUUUGAGUUUAGGUAACGCUUGUAGAGAUGUGGAAGGCAACCCCUGAAGUAUUAACAAAUACAAUUUAUUAAUCCGUUGCCUGAGUGAAAUUAUUUCUUAACAUACCUUAGACAUCUACCUUAGUAAAGUCUAGUCAUACUCUUACCUUAUACAAGUAUUUAUAAAAUCACAUUACAUUCCAGCAUUUUUUUAAAAGUCCGAGGUAGACAAUGCUUCCACACAUUAAUUUAACGAUUUCAUUGAAGAUGUGUAGUGCCAUUUGAAAACAUGGCAUUGAAACUGAAGAACUGGAUCUUGACGACAGCAGUGAGAUAAAGCGUCACCGGCUUUCUCAAGUUUGCAAAGUGGAACAGCCAGUUUAAAUGGAGCCGACAGUUCUUUCUGGCCCUUUGGGGCACACACAGUGGGAGUCAGAACAGCCAUUUCCUCUUGGAUUUCACACGCUGGAUUCAGACAAUGGAGGUGUGCUCUGUCCCAACAAGAGUGGCCAGACAGGUUUGGAUUUCAGAAAUGGGGACCAGGAUCGGACAUCCCAUCAAAUUGAAAAAGACAAUGUUUUCCAGGACAAGCAUGUAGAUUUGGACAAACUCAUAAAUAUCUCUAACUUUUCUUAUGAAGAUUUGUUGUUUGAGGGAGAUCAGUCCACUGUUUCCCAAGUGUCUCUCCACAGUCCUCAUAUAGAGGAAUCGUCCCUCACAGAAAAAACUGAGGGACAUGAUGAAAUGAGUGACGGUGCUUUGUCAUUGCUGUUUUCUCCCAAUCUCACUGAUGUGAUUGGGGAAAACUGUGGUUGUGAGGAACAGAGUCUGACACAGGAGGACCCUAAUGAGAGCUCAAAUGCCCUCAGUAAGCAGGCUGAGCUAAUAAGUCUCAGUGUGCCGGUCUCUCCAUCGAAGAUUUCUGAGACCAACACAGGCGAUCCAUUUUUGUUGGUAGAUCUCUCAAAUGAACACUCUUGUCUCCCCCCAGAGUCAUCAGGUGAGUUAAACCCACAGGGUGUCUGUGAGGAGCUGGUAGACCUGUCACAAGAGGAGCAGGUGGGUCUUCCUCCCUCACAGAGCAGGGAGACUUUGUCACCUGAAACCAGAGACAAAUGUUUAUUCCCUGAUCAGGUGACUGAUCUGCCUGUAACCUGUAGCAGUACCCUGCAAGGUUUACCUGAGAACUGCCUCCCGCACAACCACAUCACCACGCCACAGGACUGUUUCGAAGGGUCUGUGCCUUUGUUGGAUUUAGAGGUUCCAGAUUGUGAUAGCAGUCUGAGCCUGUGCCCUGUCAGUCCUCCCUCUGUUAUCUGCACAGGUGUGCCCUUAGCUUUAUCAACAGAGGAGUCGGAGGUGGAACAUGCAGGAUCUACUGUAAUUGGAAAUGUGACUUCAGAGCAACAAGGUGAGCAUUACUCAUUUUCUCUGGGUUUGUCGGCUGAACCUUCAUCGCUGACGGUGCCUCUGGUUGAAGAUGCCUUCAUCCAGGGUGAUUACACCAGUGAGAGUUACUCUGCAGAAAAGGAGUCGAAGGAUUUGAUGGAAGACAGGAUUUGUUCCAAACAUCAGGAGAACGAAGCAGUGGCUUUGGAUCUGUGCUUGACUGCAGAUGAGGUCCACGACGAGGAAACCUGGGUCUUGAAACCUCAGGAGGGUGUACAGAACGGAAACAUUCCCAAUCCGACAACAGAACAGAGGGAAGAGGCGAGGUUGACCGACUCUAACCAGCUUGAAGGGCCAGAUUGUCAAGAAGUGGCUUCUUUUGAUUUCUCAGUUCAGGACUUACACACUUCUUCUCCCGAGGCUGGAUGGACUAGUGAGCAAACUGUGGAGACAAUUUCCCUCCCUAAGAUGGUGGUAGAUGACUCACUGCCAAUGGUCUCAGCUGCGAAUACGAGGGAGGAAGAUGUCUCCCCACUAAAAGCUGUGUUCGAUGCUUUAGACCAAGAUGGAGAUGGCUUCGUUCGUAUUGAGGAGUUCAUGGAGUUUGCUGCUGCUUAUGGGGCCGAUCAGGUGAAGGAUCUGACAAAGUUUUUGGAUCCCAGUGGCCUGGGAGUCAUCAGCUUUGAAGAUUUCCACCGGGGAAUCUCUGCAAUAAGCAAUGGAGGUCCAGAGCCACAGCUCUACAAUGUAAACUACAGUCCAGGGGAUGGAGCUGUCGGCUGUCCAGAGGAGUAUGACGAGCAAAAUGAGGUUACAGACAGUGCGUACCUGGGCUCUGAGAGCACUUAUAGUGAGUGUGAGACCUUCACUGAUGAAGACACAGGAGCGCUUGUACCCCCCGAGAUGCAUGAAGAUGUGGAGACGGACAGCGGCAUUGAGGCCACGCUACAUGACCCUGAAGAUGCCGGAAAUAGGUUUUCCCUGAACUCUGAGCUCCAUAACCACUCCUUGGUGACGGUCAUCGGUGGAGAGGAGGAGCACUUCGAGGACUUUGGGGAAAGUAAUACCUCAGAGUUGCUACUGGAGAGCAGCGUGGAGGGGACCGAGCAGGGGGGCGACUCCCCUCUCGUGCAGCCUCCUGAGCAGGUCAAUGGCUCCUCACUGCUCUCUCCCAGUGCACCUGCUCCUCUCCCUGACUGCUUUCAGAGCUUCCUCAGGGAGGAGGCGCUGGACUUUUUCUGUAGCCAGUGUCACAAACAAAUAAGUCGUCUCGAGGACCUCUCCACUCGCCUCAAUUUCCUAGAGAUGACUAGCGCUGGCAAGAGGCUGUCCAGCAAGAAAGUGGCAAGACAUCUUCUCCAGAACAGCUCGAUGACUCUGGACACCAUGAGUGACCUAACGCGGGACAUCCUGGAGCUCGCUGACAACGACAUCACGGACAAGGUGCUCCUCCUUGAGCGUCGAGUGGCGGAGCUGGAAAAGGAGUCGGAGGCAUCGGGGGAGCAGCACGCGCGGCUGCGCCAGGAGAACCUUCAGCUGGUGCACCGGGCCAAUGCCUUGGAGGAGCAACUGAAGGAGCAGGAGGUCCACGCUGAUGAGCAACUGCAGCAGGAGACCCGUCGUCACAAAGAGGCCCUGAUCAAGCUGGAGCGGGAGAGGGGGAUGGAGGUGGAAAACCUGCAGGCCAGGCUGCAGCAGUUGGACGAGGAGAACAGCGAGCUGAGGUCUUGUGUUCCUUGUCUUCGAGCAAACAUUGAGAGACUAGAGGAGGAGAAGAGGAAGCUGCAGGAUGAGACAGAAACCAUGUCCGACAGGCUGACGGAGGAGAUGGAGUCCCGCAGGAAGAUGGGUGACAAGUUGAGCCAUGAGCGCCACCAAAGCCAGAAGGAGAAGGAGUGCACACAGGAGCUCAUUGAAGAUUUGCGAAAACAGCUUGAGCACCUACAGCUGUACAAGUUGGAGGCCGAAGCAAAGAGAGGGCGCACACCUGGCGCAGGGCUGCAGGAAUAUCAGACCCGCACCCGCGAAGCCGAGCUGGAGCAAGAGAUCAAACGGCUUAAACAGGACAACCGCAGCCUGAAGGAGCAGAAUGACGAGUUAAACGGCCAGAUUAUCAACCUGAGCAUCCAGGGAGCCAAGAACUUGAUGUCGGCCUCCUUCUCCGACUCCCUGGCAGCUGAGAUCAACUCUGUGUCUCGUGGAGAGUUGAUGGAGGCCAUCCACAAACAGGAGGAAAUCAACUACAGACUCCAGGACUACAUUGACAAAAUCAUCGUGGCCAUCAUGGAGUCCAACCCCUCCAUCCUAGAGGUCAAAUAGACAACACGCAGUGACUCUUCAGGCUGUUAAAAAUAUUGGAGACUAAAAGAAAACUAUCAAGAGAGGAUGUGAAAAUAUCGUGACAUGAUUUUGGUAGGAAAAUGACAACACACUCAACUCAUCCUCCUCCCUCCAGAAAGAAGUUCAUGGCUGUCUGGCGGGGGAGGGAAAGAAAAAAAGAACCAAUUUUCUGUUAGAUAGUCCUUGAGCGUGUAUGUCUUAACUCUCCUAAAUACACUUGGGUUCUGGUGACUUCCAUGUAUUUGGCUAGAGGGACCCGAGUCUCCUCUGUCGAGUGAGUGAAUGUGUAAAUGUGUGCAAGAGGUCCGUAUCGUAAAGAGUAGAAAAUCUUCCCGACCCUUUCCAACAAAGUGUCAAAAAAAAAAAAAAAGAUCAGACAAUUAUACACUACCGAAAGGCCUUAAAUUAAAGGUGAUCAAAAGUAUUCAUUAAUUAUACGUACCAUAUAUGCCUCAGUUCGAUUUAGGGAAGUGUUACUGGGAUGGUGGUGGUACAGUAUGUGGGCUGUGAUCUCCUGAACCAGGCUGAAUCGAGUUUUAAUCACAAGUGAGAAAACCGUAUGAAGCACUGGGAGAGGUGAUCGCAGCAGCAAUUUCUCUUUUUGAAUUUGUCUUUAAUAUGUUUAAAGCUUGAUGUGCUGUCUACCUGUCCCCACAACAGUCCUUUUGAUCAAGUCCGAAGUACUUUCCUGUGAACCCAAGUGACGGACAUUUCUAUACCUGGAGGGUUGUUUUUUUUUUGUGUGUGUGUGUGUGAGGUGUUUGACAUUUGCUCUUGUGUUACUUAAAGGCACUAGGAGGAAUAAUAUAAGCUUCAGUAUCUCAAAUGAAGGAACUGGGUGGUUUAUACUUAGCCUCAUCUCAUUUUUUGUUUUUUACAAUGAAACAGGGUCCUGGAGCUCAGGUGGGCUGGAAACCUCCAAUGGGGAAAAACUUACUACAUUUCCCAUCACUCCCAGGCACAAAUAUUAGAUAACUCAAACUUAUCUCACUAAGUGUAGACUGUGGGUACUGUAACUGACAAAAUGUAACCUGCUCAUACUGAUGGGUUCACUUUGUAAACCUCCGAACACUUGAACUAAGCAUGAAGGGAAACUGAUGAGUGAUUCUUGUAAGUACAGCCCUCCUGACCCCAGUGUUCCGCUGCUGAGUGAAAGUGAUGGGGAGCAAGCUUAUCCAGGUAACGAGACCCUUUUAUUUUGAUUUAUUGUCGACCUGCAAAUGUUAUCAAGACUGAAAAAUGAGAAGUUGUGAAUAAUCAAAUGGUUGUACUUUGCACUAAGUUUUGUUUUGAAUUCAUUAUUUUUUUGUUGAUAGAAAAAAAAAGUUUAUUGUGAAGGGAUCAAAUCAUAAAUGAAGAUAGUUUUGAAGCCCCUAUAAAGAUGAUAGUGAGCGGGAUUUGUUGCUACUGACAUCCCAGCAAAGCUGGGACUGGUGUUGGCUGCAGACAUCCCACUCAUGUAAAAGGAACAUCACACUACAUGUAAUGCCAUAUUGAACUGGAAAUAUUCAAGAGUACUACAACACUUUGCAGCCAUGUCUUGGAUGGGUUUAAUUACCAUUUACAUACUGUAUUUUUUUUCAGCCAUCGGGAGUUCAGAGAAGCUUUUUUUCUGGCUGUUGGUAUCUUUUUCCAGUCCUGAUCUACAGAUAUAAUACUGAAGAGACACAGCAGACUUUGGUAGCAAUAAUGCUUGGCAACAAAGUGGACAUUGGUGGAGGGCAGAUGAAACAAACCUGCUCUUAAUUUCCCCUGUUGAAGCAAAUUCCGCUUUUUCGCAGACGUACGGACUGAUUUUGGAUUGAUGCUUAUCUGUACCGUGCAGCCGUCUCAAUAACCAUCUUAUGUGGACAUUUCCUUCUGACUCAUAAACUGGACACAAAUGUCGGAUUUACCUACCUGACAUUUUGACGGACUUAUAGUUGAAGGGAUAGCAGUGAGAGGUUGUUUUUCUCCAAACAGCAUGGCGUUCUGCACCAAUAUGCUAAGAAGAAUUCCUAUUUUUCACCCUGUUCACCUCUUUCUCACUGCUUUUCUUCACCUGCCACUCAUGGAAAAAUGGCCUUGGAUGUAAAUGACUUGUACAUGUAAAGUUUUUUCUACACUCAUUCUAGAUUCUAGGUAUUUUUAUAGUCCAAAGAAAAAGAACAUUUCUUCUUCUUGUCUUAUGCUGAGAGACAGCUGCCUGUAUUCUUUUCUAGCAUGUAGCGUGUACAGUAUCCGUUUAUUUUUUUCAUCUUGUUUUAAACAACAGAUAUUUAUUCAUCAUUUGACACAAACGACAACUCACACUCUGUGAUCUGUCCUGCUGAAAAUAUGUUUGUACAUUUUGGAAUUCACAAAGAGCGAUUAAUUUGCGCUGAAUGAAUGUGGGAGAUUUUCUUGAAAUAAGAAAAACUGUUCAAAGGUAGUUCACGGUGUCUUUGGGGGUACUCGUUGUUGCAGACGCUUGAAUGUGACCUGCUGCAGAGUGGUCGUUUGUUGAGGUUGUUGCACUCUUCCAUAAUGCUGGCGUUGCUGUGACCUCUUCAGGGUUGUGCUUUUAGAAAUAUGGCAGAGUCUGCAGUUUCUACUGUUGUCUUCCCAGAUGGAGUGAGGUCCUGCAUGGAAACACCUAUUUUUAUUGUAUAUCUCUGAUUCAGUCAUUUUCACUUAACGUUUUGACUGACUUAUCAUAUGCUAUAAUUUCUGUUAGUGGAGUCGUAGGUUGUGAGACCUCAUAAUGUCAACACAGGACACCUAAAACCUCAAACCCAGGCUUGCUGAGUUCAGCUUCUUGCCUUUUAGUGUGACUGGAGGUUUGUCCCAACAGAUUUAAUACUUUAUUCUUUGUAGUAAUGAAUCAUUAUUUUGCAUUGCAAAGAGGAAAUGGGAUGACACUUGAACACAGGAGGCUAUACUACUUAAUUUUUAGUAUCUGAAGAAAGUUUGGAGACGAACAUGACCGGCAACAGAAUAACUAGACAGUGAGACCACAGAGCUGACGAAGCAUUCCUGGAGUUGAUUGCACUUUAACUAGGUCCAAAUUUCUCUAUUUUAACUCCUGCUUUUCAGUAUGACCAAAGACAGAUGUUUGAAUUUAAACUGAUCAUUUAAUCUAUCAGGGUCCGUGAUCGCGCUUUUGGAAACAUUUUCCUUUUCUUAUAAAUCAUAAAUCAACAGACUCUGAGCUUGCCCUUACAGAAACAAACAAACUGGCCUGUUAGUCUAAACACUGUGCCUCCGUGUCUCAAACUUUGUCUCUAAACUAACCUGAUGAUGAGCCCUGGGGAACGCACUGACCAUGUGACUGUCAGUUUGUUAAAUUAUAGUGAUGAAACCUAAACUGUAAAUAUGAAUUUUUGUGAUUUCUUUCUCUCUCUCUCACUCACUUCCAGUGUCCAAAGAAAGUUUUGCUCACGGCACAAACAUCACUACUGUAGUAGUUCAUGGCUUGCCAUUAUGUGACAUGGGAAGAUUAAAAGAGAAUAUUGUAGAAAAGAGAAAGUUAAAUUUAUGCCUAUUUUCAAAGAUAAAUGUAUAAAUUAUAGUAUUGGUUACAGCUGUAUAUUAUUUUUGAAGCUUCCCCAAAUGAUCGAAUCCUAAUUGUUACAGGGGGAAAUAUAAUUUCAGUCAUUGUAAAAAGAGAAAAAUUAAAGGUAAGCAGUGAAAGUAAGAUUAGCAAAAUAAAUGGAAUAAAACAA